GCGUUGGGCCGGCACUGAAAUCAUUAGACAAGUGUCGAUCGGCGCGUGCGCAACAGAGUCUUAGAGGAGCAGCAAGCCACCAGCAUACAGUGAACACCACAAACAGGCAACCACAACAUGAAGUGCUUUUUGAUCCUGAUAGCGACCAGUCUGGUGCUGAGUGCCUGGGCCCAGGACGCGGCGGAGACUGACCUCGAGCAGGUGGCAUCGGCAUCGGCUCCGGCAGCGGUGGCAGUUGAGGAUCAGGUGGGCGCCGCCAGCAGCUAUGCGCCGCUGCAGGAUAAGAAGCAGGAGAAGCGCUAUGUUGGUGGAUACGGUGGCUACGGUGGGGCAGGAUACGGCGGCGGCUACGGAGCAGGCUACGGCGGCGGAUAUGGCGGUGGCUACGGCGGCUAUGGCUCUGCCUUGGGAGCGGGUUACGGCGGAGCCUACGGCAGUGGCAUUGGCGUGGAUAGCUACUACAAUCCGUACAACUCGCGCUCGCUGGGUGGAUUAGGUGAGGAUGGCGCUGCAGUGGCCGGAUACGGUGGCUAUGGAUCCGCUCUGGGUGGCUAUGGAUCCGCACUGGGUGGCUAUGGAUCGGGACUGGGUGGCUAUGCUGGCUCCUACAACUCGAAUCCCUAUGCGCUGUCCUACUACAAUGGCAGGCUGGGCGCCGGAGCCGGAGGCACUGGCUAUCCGUACUACAACACCCGGUUCGGAGCCGGCGGCUAUCCGUCCAGCUACUAUACGAGCAACUACGGCAACAGCGUGGUGGGCGGCGGCUUGGGCGCCCUGGGCGGAGUGCCGCCCAUCGGAUCCGGCUACAACUACGGCUCCGGCAUCUCGGGCACCGUCUACUAG